GGAAACAGGCUUUGUGUUUUUUGUUGUCCAAGCUGCGUGGUGCCGGUGAAGGUGGAGGACGAGAGGGGGUUGUGUUAGCUCUCUGCGGCACGGCGUAGGCUGGCCACACAGCGAGGCGACCACCGAAUUCUUUCCCGUCUCGAAUCCGCUGCACAGAUCCCGGUGGGAGAGUAGCGGGGGAUUCUGCUCAUUUGACUUCGCCUUGCCGAUUUCUGGUCAUACUUUCCUGCUUGUAGAGCGGUCGACUCUGUUGUCUUCGCGCGUCUUGUCGUGGAGCUCUCACUCCAUUCUGGUGGCGGAUUUGUCACGUUGUACUGCAUCGUUGGAGAUAGCGGCGGUCGGGACAAGCGCUUCCUUGUAGCAUGCGCUUGGGGUUGGUGCCAACCUGGAAGUUGCAUUGCUCUCACAAUGCAAAUAUAGCUUUGCACCAAUCCCAAAUGUCUUUAGAGUCUCUCUCGCUCCCUUCAUAUCUACCCGUCUCAUGUGCGAGUCUUCUCUUGAAAGAGUCGGGAUCGACAUUUAGAGCGAGUCCCGAGGGGAGUUUUUUCAGACUGCUAUUCAAAGAGAGACAUUACUACAUGAUCUGACUAUACCUCCUCCCCUCAGUUGCGCAGAAUCAACAAGGGUAUAUUUUGCUAGUUGAUUUUGAGACUCUCACCUACCAGAUCCGAUCUCUUUGCGUGUCUAUCUAUACCUGAAGCUCCUUUCAACUCUCACUUUCCGGGUGUCUGGUAUUUGUCGCUUUCCCGGAUAAUUGUCUUUCUUUCUACCUAAAGAAUCCUCGAGUCUUUUCUUCUGACAAAUUGUCGCAGAGUCUUGGCGGCUAAGCCAGGUCUUUGAGAGAGCUUGAAGCUACUCCACUGUAUCAAGCACUUUCCGAGGUUAUAUACAGGUUCGAAAAUAUGGUGCUCUGGGUUUUUGGCUACGGCUCUCUGAUAUGGAAUACGGGUUUUGAGUAUGACGAGCGUGUGGUUGGGUUCGUUAAAAGCUUCAAACGUGUUUUCAAUCAAGCCAGCACUGAUCACCGAGGUACACCUGAGUACCCUGGACGGACGGUCACACUGGAGCCACAUGAAGGUGGACGAACGUCGGGCUGUGCUUACAAGAUCUCAGGCUAUGAGGCUGAACAGCUAGUACUCUCGUAUCUUGCAAUACGAGAGUUCGAGUACGAUAUACAAACUUUUGUUGAUUUUUACACUGAGGAGUCUCCCAACAAGCCAGUGAUUACGGGAGUUCUUGUGUACAUUGGAUCUCCCGACGUAUCAAAGAACCCUUAUUACUUGGGCCCAGCUCCCCUCCAAGACAUGGCUAACCAAAUAGCCACGGCUAGAGGUCCAGCUGGUCCAAACUACGAGUACUUGUUUCGGCUAGAAGAAUCUCUGUACGAAAUUGGUUGCGAGGAUAAUUACAUUAUUGCGCUUGCCAACGAGGUCCGGAAGGUGUUAAAUGAGUAUGGGUGGCUGCUACAAGAUUUUGAGGAUGUAAAGUUGCGACAAUCUCUGGAGGAUGGGAAGCUACUUACGACGUACGAGAAGAGUUUUGACAAUCGACAGCUGUUACAGAAAUGCGUGAGGAUUGUUUCAUAGCACCAGCACGGUCAUUCUUUGGUAGUGGACUUAAGCCUGAAAAAAUAAAACUUUCACUUCCUAUACUAGGAUGAAAGACUUGUCACCUAUUUUACCAUCACUGUUCCUAACUUUUUGCUAGGAGCAGUGCUCAUUGAAACCGGCAGAGUUUCCCCAGGAACAAUGGUGUGUGGCCUCAAUAGUGGCUAAAUAGUGGCUAAAUGUACGAGUCAACCACCUAAUCUCUAACCUACUUGACAUUGGACUUGUUAGUGUGUCACUGAAGCUCAAAAGCUUCCGUUGCCGUGUACCACAACCAUUAACCUCAUUAUUUACCCAUCAUUUUUAUUUUUGGGGAGAAAUUUAACUCGCCGUGCCCUCUGGGCUCGCUCUCUUUUUCUCUC